AUGUCGACAAUUCACAGCGCCCAAGUGACCUCCUGGGGAGCCCCUCCCACUUACACCACCAUUCCUGCGCCUCCUACUCCGUCUGAGAAUUCGGAAAUCGUCCGCAUUCGCGUUCUUGCAACAGGAGUACAUCAGCUUGUACGCUCCCGCGCUGCCGGGAAGCACUACACUUCAGGCGCUCUCCCGCAUACCGUCGGCGUAGAUGGCGUCGGGACGAUAUUACCAGAAGGCAAGACGGUCUACUUCAUCACCCUCAGAACGGGCGGGGGAUCCUUCGCAGAGUUGGUCAAUGUCCCAAAGCCCUGGGUUUUCGAUCUCCCUAUGGGUGUCAAGCCGGAGGCCAUCGCCGCGAUGGUCAAUCCGGCCAUGUCGAGCUGGAUGGCUCUGAAAACGAGAGUAGACAUGCAGCAGCUGCCAAAGGACGGUUGGACGGUGCUGAUCGUGGGCGCGACGAGCACAAGCGGAACUAUCGCUGCUGCGUUGGCGAGGAAGCUCGGUGCUAAGAGAAUCAUCGGAGUUGCUCGCAACGCCACCAAGCUCUCCGCUGUCCCCAACCUCGACUCAACGCUUGCCCUCUUAGAACCCAUCAUCUCCACCGACUUCUCACAGCUGGGCGAAGUCGACGUGAUCCUCGACUACCUCUAUGGCCCCAUCGCCGCGCACCUCCUCUCGAGCCUCCCGCGUCAGCGGCGCCCCAUGCAAUACGUUCAAAUUGGAACGGUCGCUGGUCCGGAUAUUGCGCUCCCAGGCGCCGCGCUUAGGAGCAAGAACCUAACGAUCCGCGGGGCAGGUCCCGGAGCGUGGAGCUUCGAAGAGCUGAGCAGGGAACUCCCGGAAAUGCUGACCAUGCUGGGAGAGGUCGAGCCGCCGAAAAUCCGGAUUGAGAAGCUGAGCGAGAUUGAGCGGGUUUGGGGCGAGAAGGACAUGGACGGCGAGAGGUUGGUCUUCACACCAUGA